UCACGGUGUAUAUAUAAUAAUCAUUUGAGCGUGUGCAUAAAUUAGUUUCAAGUCACAUAUUGUACAUGUAUCGCUAAUAUGUGCAAAGUCGCAAAUAUCUCAAAAGUCAUGCAGAUUACCAUACCCUAUAGUUUGUUGUAUGGGACGCUUGGGUUGACUUUGCCGGAACAAUGUGCUAAAAUAUAAGCACAACAAUAUACUAAAAGAUCGAAAGUUAUCUGUUUAUUUGCGAAUCUGUACAUACAUACCUAAGUAUAUAUUGCUUAGCUUAACUAAAGAUAGAUUCACGAUUUGGCACGCGUCUCUGGUGCUUUCCCAACACUAUUAGUAAACAGAAAGAGUUUUAGUUAGUAGUUCCGUACAUAUCAGUCAGUAUUGGAUCUGGAGCAUAUGCACGAUGCCAAACUAAACGGGAUCUGUAAAUAUCUGCUCAAGCUAAUAAAAUUGUGCCUAUUGUCUUAGCAAACAGUGUUUUAGUGAACCGUGAGGAGGAACAAGUUGCAGCUGGCUACAGAAUACCUCAUUUUUUUUGCAAAAUCUAGAUCUUUCCAUAUCCACGGAUAAAUGCGCAAUUAAUUAAAAGUUGUAUCGAGCCGUUUAAAUCGUUAUAAUUUUCGCCCUCGUAAAAAUGGCUCUGGAGCAUAUAUCAUCAUCCAGAAGCUUGUCCACAACGGAAACAAUUGCUAUUGCGGAAGAACUCCACGGAAAGGACCCCGAUGGCGUUGCGGAAUUUUUAAACUGGAAAUUGGCCGAGUUGGAAGCCAAACGGAAGGAGGAGGAAGCUCAGCAUUUCGGCGUGAACGAAUCUGGCUGGGGCCUCCUUCCCGACCUCAUUUUAGAAAAGAUCUUCUCCUACCUGUCCAUCCAACAGAGAUAUUACGCCUCCUGCACGUGUCGCCAGUGGUACUUGGCCUUCUACUUGCAGAAACCGUGGCACGAUUUUAUCAUGGAUGACUACACCCUGUGCAGAAGAAAGUUCGACUAUGGGGAUAGGAGUUGGAGGUACAUCCUCGACCAUCACCGAGCGCAACAGUUAAUCUCGCACGUGGGACAAUACCUUCGUCACCUUUCCCUCACUCCGACAUCUUUCUUUGGAUUAUUUGCUCAUUACCAUUUUAUGAAUCAUGUCUCUGCAUAUGCGGAAAGAUUUUUGACUGAUCCGGAUUCUGUCCAAGCCUGUGAAUUUAAAAUACAACAUUUUCGCUUCACUUUCUACUGUGAUAUUCCAAACCGUGCGGAAAACUAUAUCAUCGGAACCGGGGGUGACAUCCUUUGCUCAUUAAAACGUAUCAUUUCCAACCUUCCGCACCUUCUUCGUCUCGACUUGAUCGAUCUUCUCCUCAUUCCGGAAGACGCAAUCCACCUCUUGGACGAAGCUUGUUCCGUUUUGUGUCAAAAUCUCAGAAUUUUAACGUUAAUCAACGGCACGAAAGAUCAUUUCAGCCUCCUGCACCCCGCCUGCUUCGUGAACCUACAAUUUCUCUACAUUUCCCCGCAAAACUUGGGGGAGGAGAUGGUCGAAAUGUUGGCUCAUGCCGCACACUUGAGAGAACUGCAUAUUGUGCAGAACAGUUAUACCGGAUAUGCGCAAGGGGUCGAUGCAAAAAGUUGGUUUAAAGUGAACCACUUGUUCAAAGUUUUUCUCAGAACAAAGUCAAAAGUGGACAAGGACAUGGUUUGGCAGGAGAGGGCAAACGUAGUCUCGGUUCUGUACGAUUGUCCAUUCACCAAGUUCUCGUCCACCUCCGUCAUAACCGUGAUUGACCUAUAUUCCGAAAGUAUUAAAGAAUUUGGACACCUCGGACUCCCGAAAUUUACUUCCUCUCGAAAAUUCGUGAAUCGAAUUGACGCCCAACUUUUAACUUUAUGUCGGCGGUGCAUCUACCUCACAAGUCUGUUUGUCCGGGAUCGGAUAAGCACAUCCACCGCUCUUCUAAUCGUCAGUAUGACGCCAAACCUGAGAGACUUUAACAUCCGAAGAAACGCCCUCUUAAAAAAGAUUGACUUCAUGUUUCACCAUAACCUUUUCCUCGACAAUAAUUUCACACAGUGGAUUAAACUCAAUGCUAAAAGUUAUGAAAAGAGUGGUCGCGAAAUUGGCAAAAUUUUGGGAAACUUUGCCUGGAAACCUUUGUCAGAUAAGGAUUUCAAGCUGAUUUGUUCCAAGCAGACGGCGUAUUGAAAAAAAUCAAAAUUUCUAAUACUUCUACGAUAGUAGAUUCCUCAAUUUGUUGGAUGUAUGUUCUUAUAUUAUUAAAAAAUGUUUUUACAUAAAUAUAAAUUUUCAUAUUUUAUCCAUAAGUUUUUCUGCAAAAUAAAAAAUCGUGCCAUUCGACGAUGCAUGCCAUGCCACAA